GUCGUCUUUCCAUUGCGUCCACCAUGCGCACACAAGCUAUAGCCAUCCUACUCUCGGGCUCAUCGCUAGCUUCGGCCUUCCAGGUCCCUCUUCUUGAUAAAAUAUGGCCAUCUAUGUCUCUCGAACAGCAGCUCGCCCAACAGGUACAGCAAGUACCAGACGCUGAGCUUGCCGCGAAUUCGACACGUAUUGCUAUCAUCGGUGCCGGUGCUGCGGGCUCAAGCGCCGCAUUCUGGAUUGCAAAGGCGAGGGAGAGGUAUGGACUUGAUGUAGAGGUAGAUAUCUAUGAGAAGGAGGGCUACAUUGGUGGACGGAGUACGACGGUAUACCCAUACAACGACACGACGUACAUGCCUAUUGAGCUCGGUGCUUCCAUUUUCGUGGAGAUCAACAGGAACAUGUGGAGGGCUUCUGACGAAUUCAACCUUACUCGGUAUGGGUUUACGAACAAGGAGGAUGACGAUGAGGGAGAGCUGGGCUUCUGGGAUGGAGAGAAAUUCAUCAUCACGCAAGGGACCAUGAAGGGUACGAUUGGUGGCUGGCUCGACAACAUCAAAAUGCUCUGGCGUUAUGGCUUCACUUCUCCUAUGAAUGCUCAGAAGCUAGUCAAAACAAUGACGGACCAGAUGGACAAGGCUUACGGGCUAGAAAGUCCUUCAUGGGAAAACAUCACAGAUCUUGUCGAAGCGUUCAAAUGGUCUGAACUUGUGACGACGACCGGCGCAGAGUAUUUCGCCAGCCAUGGCGUUUCUCCACAAUUCACGAACGAAAUCAUAGAGGCUUUGACAAGAGUCAACUAUGCACAGGACAUCGAUAGGAUCCAUGCGCUUGAAACUGCUUGUUCCAUGGCAGCUUCGGGUGCUGCGAGCGUCAAGGGUGGCAAUUGGCAAAUAUUCGACAAAUUCGUUGAAAUCUCCGGCGCCAAUAUUUUCCUCAACACCAAGGUCAACUCCAUCACCCGCAAAUCAUCCACAAAAUGGACCCUAUCUACGUCUUCAAAAACCACAGACUACAACUCUGUGAUCCUCGCGGCACCCUACCACCUCUCCUCCCUUCUCCUCCCCUCUGAUCUCCACUCCCUCAUUCCCAAACAACCUUACAUUCACCUACACGUCACGCUUCUCACCACCACGGCUCCCAACCCAAACCCGGCGUACUUCGGCUUGGGAGCGGGUGCGAAAGCGCCAAUAAGUAUCUUGACGACGAAGGAAGGUGCAAGGAAGGGUGGGAAGAGCCCAGAGUUCAAUUCGCUGAAUUACUUGAGUAAGCUGAGGAAGACGGAGGUUGAGUCCAAGCCCGCCGGCGAGGAUGAGCAGGAAAUCAAAGAAGAGGAGAAGGAGGAAUGGGUCGUCAAGAUCUUCUCCAUGGAGGAGAUCUCGGAUGAGUGGCUUGAUUUCGUAUUCCAAGGACAGGUCGGCUGGGUUUUGCGAAAGGAGUGGGAUCCAUAUCCCGUUCUGCCGCCAACUGCCUCCUUCCCUCCCAUCAAGCUUGAUCGAGGACUGUUCUACGUGAACGCAUUUGAACCAUUCAUGUCAACGAUGGAAACUGAGACCCUUGCUUCCCGGAAUGUCGUAGACUGGCUACUGAAGGAGGAGUACGACGCUGCCAUCUGUCCUCCCAAAACGUCGGACGAAGAGGGCGGUGCGCCGGCGCAGGAGAAGGCAAAGGGUCCAUUUGUGUAUGGAUGGGAUUGUUGAAGAUGCUAGGAUCUUGGAUGAGGUCACUACUGACUGGGGGAUUGUGUUCAUCGCUAUAUAUUGCUUUGCUAAUUGUUUAUCGAACCGUCUCGUACGAUCCUAUGUUAUAAUCUUCGUCGUUUAGUGUUGUGGAGAACUAGUACCCG